CACAUCCCCUGCAACAUCUCAUUCCUUAACCAUAUUUCAUAUCAACUUAAGUACAAUUAAGAGUUAAUACAACCCACAAUGGCGAGGAUCGCUGUGUUGUUGUUGAUGGUGCUCGCAGUAGCGGUAGCAGAGGCAGCCUUUAUAUGCAAUGGACCCUUAAACCAGCAAGCAGGAGCCAAGUGCGUAGCAUAUACGAGAACUGGUGCAGAUAAAGAGCCUUCUGCCGAGUGCUGCAAGGCGUACAAAGCACACGUCGAAUCGGCCAAAACUGUAGCUGAAAGGAGAGCGCUUUGUGCUUGCGUCCAGAACAAUGAUAGAACUAAUCCUGGGAACAAUAUUACCAAGGUUGAUUCUCUCCAGGGAAAAUGUGGCCUUCCUUUCCUAUUCUCGGCUGCUCGUGGUUUCGACUGCAAUACUGUCAUGUGAGACGCAAUCUGGCAUGGGAAGGAGCAGUCGGAGGAGCCACAUGAAAUAAAGAUAUAUAAUUGAGGACUCUGUUCACCAUUUAUGAAUAAUAAUAAGAAUGUUACUCACUGGAAUUUCUUUGUACCCGGUGGAGUUUCUUUGAAUAUAUAAAGAAUAAUGUCUUGAAUGUUAUGAAAUUAUUAAUAAGAAAUCUGCAGAACCAGUGUGUGUGUCUGCACUUUUAAGAACA